GGAAAAAAAAUUAGGUGGAACGAGAAUAGGGAGGCGGAGGCGAGCAAGCAAUUCACAAGGCUGCAGCCGCUCCGAUUGCUUUGAUCAAAUAUAGUUGCAGAACAGAAGAAUCAAAUGGACUUGGCGGAGUUGUGGGCGAUCUUUGGUCCCGGCGUCGCUGGCGCCGUGUUUGGAGCUGGCUGGUGGUUCUGGAUCGACGCCGUUGUCUGCAGCUCCGUUAAAGUUUCCUUCGUCCACUAUCUCCCCGGUAUAUUUGCAUCAAUUGCGGCUUUAAUGUUCAAUUGUGUGAGAAAAGAGGAUAUUGACUACUCUCCCUAUGAUGAAGGCGAGUGGAGAUUGAAGCUCUGGCUUUUCUUUGCUUAUGUUGUUUCCUUUGUCUCUCUGGCUGCUUCAGUGGGCCUACUGAUACAAGACUCGCUUGAGAAAACUGGUCCUUCAGUUUGGACUGGAACUGCAGGUGUUUUACAGUGUGUAUUUGUUUUGAUCAGUGGGUUGAUUUAUUGGACUUCUCAUUCAGAAUAAGUCAGCAAUUAUUUUUGGCGCUUGGAUUUUCGAGGGAGUCAUCUGAGCUUUGCAACAUGUAUACUUAAAUUGAUGAGUUAGAAAGCAGUUAGCUUUUGUGAAUGUUUUUAUCCUUGCAAUCUUGAACACAAAGGCAGGACUCAUUUUGCUCUUCAAAAUUUUUGAGUGGUCAAGUUGUGUCUGAUUCAGCCACUACUCCCACUAGUAACAUUCUUAUUGAACACCACCAAAUCUUAAAUAAAACCAAAUUUUAUUA